AUGGUUGGCAGAGAAAUGCCACAACCGGACUUUGCAUACAUGUCAUCUGUUCCUGGCAACGGGCCGUGGGGUCCAGGUUCAACUCGAAGCCCUGUCUACUCCGAUGGCUUCCAUCCGCAACAAAACCAAAAUCAGAGCGCCGCCAUAAAGAAUGCAUUUCACAGGCCACCGCCAAGUCUUCCAUACGCGCCCGCGACGUCUUCAUUCAACCUGCCUACAAGUGUGUCCGCUGGUAAUCAUGCUCCACAUGCACCGAGCCACCUCGCCCGAGCUGAGGCCGCCUUCUCUUCGGCAGGCGCAUUUAGUGCGCGACCUCCGCCGGGGGUCUUUGCCGCCAAUGCGCCACCACCAAACUUCAAUGCCUUCAAGAACCCGGCAUCCAACGGCUGGGAUCCGCAAGGGAGGUUCUCGCCGUCAGACUCGCUCGACGACAUCAUGGCGUCGCCGAAUCUAUCCGAUUACUCGUUAGAGAACGGUGUGGGCACUACGCCGCCAGGAGGCAAGGGUGGGAAGCAUGGUGGCAAGGGGGGGCCCGGUGGCAGGCCACAGCGACGACCAUCAAACCGCGACGAGUUUGACGGGCCGCACCAGUUUCUGCAAAGGCCGCCGCCCGAAUACGUCGCCAUGCAGGAGAGGGAGCUUCCGCAUCUCCCGACUAACUUGCUGGUCCAGGAGCAGGAUAGUGUUUUGACGCAGGUCAAUGACCGACUAUCGCAGUGCGCAUACGACUUUGUAGCCAAGUAUCAAUUUCCGAUACCUCUUACGCAGGAUAUGCGACCUGUAGAACGGCCGCAGGACAGGGAGUGGACCGAGUGGGUGUACCUGUUGAAGCGCCUCGCCACCAAACGACGGAUCCCGGCCAGGGUCCUGUACAACGGACAGAUCAAGCAGUUUGUCACGAUCCUGGAGAACUCUCUUGAAAUGAGGCAUGCGGCAAAGCAUCAGUCAAGGCCACUCAAGGACGACAGGAACAUCCUGCAGCUGAUAUCUGCCGGCAUUCAGGUGGCCAAGAUCCUGAAAGACGCGCCUGCCAUGGACUACCUCGAUAAGCUUUACGUCUCGACCGAGAAGCAGAUUCAAGAGAGAGCUGCCGCGGCCGCAGCCAGAUUUCGAAGCUAG